CCCCCGUUCUAGGACUCCGGCUUACAAUGUGGAACGUUCGGCACGGCUUGACGGCGGCUGCCGCUUUCGCUCUCACCUCGGCCAGGAAAGCGGCGAGUCCGCCUUGGUCGCUCCCCGCUUUGGGAGGCCCCUCCGGGGUAACGUGCCCCGGCUGUUCUCGGCCUCUGCACUGUUCCAGACGACUCUGCCGAUCCCCUAGUGAGUUGCUCAGAAAGUUCCUGGUUAAAAAAAAGAAGAAGUUUUGGUAUUCUAGUCCUACCCUUGGAUCUGAAGUGCUGUGCAAACCCUCCAGCUUGACAGAUGUUUUAAAGCUACGACCUCCAAAGAUCAGAAAACAAGAUAGCAUUCGUAAGAAAACUUUGGACGUUCUGUUUUUUCAAGCUGUGAGGGACCUACUGGGCACCCCUCUAGCUGGCCAAGAACUUUAUGAUCUCAAUGUGGAAGUGUUUAAGGCUUCCCUCACAUCAGAUUUUGCAAUAUGUCGCGUAUAUUGGAAGAGUUCCGGCAAUGCAGAAAAGGAUGAAUAUAUUCAGCAAGCCCUACAGAGAAAAGCAUCAUAUAUUAGACAUCUUCUGGUAUCCUAUCGUAUCCGGGUAAAUGUUCCUUCAAUAACAUUUGUUAGGGACAGAGAAGAGGAGGCUAUAAGAGAGGUUGAGAAAUUAUUGGCAAUUGCUGACAUGGGGCCUGAAGAAGAAGAAAAUGAAUUAAUUGAGAAUGAUUUCAGUGAGGAAAGAUCCAUCAUGGCUGAUACCCAUGCAGAGCAAUCCACCCACACCAAUCUAUUUGGAAUUGAUCAUAAAGCAUUAAACAAGCAAAUAAUGGAUUACAAAAAAAUGAAAAAGAAGGAGGUGCUGGAAGGGACUUCAGUCCUAGAGACACAGUUGGCUGAGAUACGGCAAAAGAAAAUGAAGAGGAAGAAAGCUAGGAAAGUUUACAAUGACGACCUUAAUCCUGAGGAAUAUUUGAUGGAGAGAUACAGCAAAGAUUAUUGGGACAAUGAAGUUUCAUCUUCAGAGAAUGAGGAGCUGGAGUACAAGCCAAAGGAAGAUGGUAAUGAAUUGGGAAAAGAAAAGUAGAACGCUCAACUUUAAAUGAAUUUUAUAAAACUAUGGGUCACUUUGAACUACCCCAUUACAAAAGAUUCAAUCAUUGCCUUGCUGAAUGGUGAAAGUUUCCCUCAUUUCUCUUCUCCUUUAUGAUUCAUUUCCCCUUUUUCUUAUUUAUAGAACCAUAGUUUGUUGUUAUAUCCCACUCUGACAGCCUAUGAUUAGUUUUAUUAAAAUUGACUUGUUAACCUGC